GCAGCCUAGCCAUCAGGCAGCGGUAGGUUCCCUCCAGUGAGGGGAGAGCUGGGUUCAUAUAUCAGCGGGCGGGCGGUGAGAGCAAAAGCAAAGAGCUGUCAGGCACGCGGGGGCUGCAGAGGCGAGUGAGCGUUAGCUUUUGAGCUGCUUUGGUGCUGCUGCUGCACUCGACAUUCACUAGGUCAAAGCAAUACUCGGAAGACGUGAAAAUCUGGCCACACUAAAGCUUUUCCCUUCACUGCAGCGUUUGCUGUCACUUGAGCUCUAUUUUUGUUGAUAAAAGGAUUUGAUUCUUGAUUUAUUGUGGAUGCAUACUCUUUUGAUAUUUCCUUUCCAGCUGGUGGAAUUUAUUCAGUGUAACUAUGACUUACUGAUGCCAUUUCAGUCGUGCUGAACUGCAUCAAGCUUUUCGACAGGAACAUUAAUGUUCGAUUUCCAUUUGAUAGCUACAGAAGUUCAACAUCCAUGCUGUGACUAAGAAGCUUUGGUCUAACAUCAUGAAACAGACACCAGCUGGUUUGAUGCUCACUGCACCAAAAGACUGCUCAGAAAUCCGGGACACGCAGGAUGGGGAGCAGCGGUACCGGGACAGAGUGGAUGCAGCUCUGGAGAGGCAGCGGCUGCGAGACCGGGGAGAGACAGACCUGGAGAGGCAACGGUUGCGAGACCGGGGAGAGGCAGAUCUGGAUAGGCAACGCAUACGGGACAGACUGGAAGCUACACUUGCUGGUCUUGGGGAGUUGCACUACCUCAGGCAAAGACAGGAAAUGCUGGUUCGGGGGAUCCUGAGUGUCCGGUUUGGGGCUAACAUUCCUUCAAUCGGGGAACAUCACAAAACCAGUGGACUAUCACAAGACGAGCUGUACCUGAGCCCAGAGGAAAAACUACUGGAGGAAAAUAUUUUAUUGCUAAGAAAACAGCUGAACUGUUUAAGGAGGAGAGAUGCUGGCCUUAUAACACAGCUGCAGGAGUUGGACAAACAGAUAAGUGAUCUGAAACUGGACGUAGAAAAAGCCUCCUUUGAACAACUGGAAACUGACAGCCGUCCCAGUUCAGGAUUUUAUGAGCUAAGCGAUGGGGCCUCAGGCUCCCUUUCCAACUCCUCCAACUCCGUUUUCAGUGAAUGUUUAUCCAGUUGCCACUCUAGCACCUGCUUCUGCAGCCCCUUAGAUGCAUCACUGAGUGUCACAGAUGGACGUCCCAAGUCUGCAGACGACCUUCAUAGCUUGGAUUAUGGUGAAGGCCAGUAUGAAGACCAGACAUCAGCCAGUGUUCAACGUUCAUUUUCUUCACCUCAUUCUAACUCAUCUGAAAUGUCUGCAGAUGUUCAUCCAAAAUAUCAGUGCGAUCUGAUAUCCAAAAACGGGAGUGAUGUGUAUCGAUACCCAAGUCCUCUGCAUGCAGUGGCAGUACAAAGCCCAAUGUUCUUUCAGACAACGAUGGGAAGCACCAAACUGGAAGAAAAACUCCAUUUCAGUGCUAGUGAUAUGUCUGGGUCUGAACUAAACCCUGCAAAGCCAGAAUUCUCAUCCUUGCCCCAGAGUAAUUCUUGGCCAGCCUCCCAACCAUCGUCAAAUAAAAAGUUAGAUAACUACAUCUUCAGCCUAAUUCAGAAAAAGGCACAGCCAAUAAGGACUAACAAACCAAGGACAAACUUAAACACAGAUGCUGCAAAGGGCAUUUUUAGACAAGGCAGUGUCUGUGUAAGGCAGACCACUGGUGUAUUGCAAGGUAACACUGCUGACCUUAAGCCUACAAGACAGGUGUCUUUACCUUGUAGUGAAACAAACACUACUGAUAAUAAUAUGCCAUCACCAGGAAAGCAGUGGUCAAACGAUUCUAGCAAUGAUCCCAUAGAAAAUAGACUUGCAGAAGUGACUGUUGGCUUCUCUCAUGGAAACAGCAAUGGACUUCAGACUAAUAGUUUGCCAAAGAAAAUCACUAAUAUGAUAGUUCAAGUACCAUCCCCAUGCCCUGUUUCCGUAGUGUACCAAAGUGGAAGUGUUCAGCACUCAGGCACUUUGCCUAAUGAGAAUACACAUAAACAAAUGGAGACUUAUGAGGACAUCAAUGGCGUCAAAACAGUUCAGCACGUGUCACCAAGGAAAGGGCAGAGGUCACCUCAUAUUGUCUGGUCUGUUGAAGAAAGGCCUCCUUUAGAACUCAGGAGUGAAGGUUCUUCCUCACAGAGCCUGGAUGAUGGGCACUUAGUGAAUGCUCGAUAUAUACCAGCAGAGCAGCAGAAUAUUAGGGUUCACAGAGGCAUUAAACAUGUAAAGAUCGUCAAAGUUAAGAGUGCUUCUCAAAAAAAUCGAAUGCAUAUUAGUAGCAUACCUGAGCACAGUUUACAGUUAGGCAAAGACAAAACAAAAGUUUCCACAAAAAAAUGCCACUUCUCUGAAGAUGUGGACACAAACAAGAAAGCAGUGAAGAAAUUUUCUUCAAGAGGCAAGAAAGUAAUUAGCCCACAGUUAGAGAAUAUGCUUCCAGUUAGACAAACCGGGUUAUCUAAGACUGUGUUGAAACAUAAUAUUCAUGGACGAGAAGUCUUUCUUGCUAAACCCAGACACAAACGUGAUUAUCGUCGAUGGAAGACGAUUGCCGAGAUCUCUUAUGAAGAGGCACUGAGGCGUGCCAGAAGGCGACACAGGAGGGAAAUGAUCAGUGCCUGUAUGCAGAUGCCAAUUCAUUACCGCAGUCCUUAUGCUUAUAUCGGAAGCGACUCAGAGUACUCGGCAGAAUGUGAGUCGCUGUUCCACUCUACUGUGGUAGACACUAGUGAAGAUGAACAGAGUAACUAUACUACAAACUGCUUUGGGGACAGUGAGUCAAGUCUAAGUGAGGCAGACUUUGUGGUAGGAAGUAGCACUACCAGCGACUCUGAGGAGAAUGGAGGUCUUGUCUGGCCACAGUUUGGUCAACCUCUUACAGUGCAGUCUGUUGGAGUCCCUGAACUUCAUAAUGCAUCACCUAAGACUUUUGUCAAGAUCAAAGCGUCCCAUAAUUUAAAGAAGAAGAUUCUCCGCUUUAGAUCUGGCUCGCUAAAAUUAAUGACAACUGUCUAAAAUUAUUAGCAGCCUUCCUUAAGCUUAUGUUCAGUGAUAUGACAAAGAACUAACUUAAAGCAGACUUUCAAAAUGUUUUUUAAUGUUUGUAAAUAUGUCCAAAGAUUUUUUAAAUUAAAGUAUAUUAUAUAUAUAUAUAUUAUAUAAAUGUAUAUCUAUUGCUGUAUUAUUGUUCAGAGUAACUGUGUAAAGAAUUGUGUUUAAAUUGCAUGUUAAUAAUUACAAGUAUACGUUAAGUAACUCUGAAGGAAUACAAUGCAUCUGUCCAUAAAAAAAAGUUCAACAGCUAAAACAAUCCUGUUCCCUACUUUCAGGAAUACUUGGUAUCUUUACUAACCACUCAGCUCUGCAGCUUACGUUCAGCUUGUAACAUGACUGCUUGUCUGCAUGGCUAAUGUUUGCUUUAACUGUUUUUUAACAGUGACUUGUACAUUGUAGUCACUAUCCAUAGUGACAGAUGACAAUAUAGUCCAUUUUAUGCAAUAAGAAGGUGCUUACACUGUGCUGUUAGUGGCUAAACCAUUCUCAAGCAAGUAAGGAGUGCUGCAGAUGUACUCAGAGUUUAUAAAAAUAUUUUUUCCAUGUUGUUUGUAAAUGUACGUGGAAAUAACCAUUCAUUUGCAGAUAAUGGUUGAUAGUGAUAAGUGGGAAGAUUGAAGCUUGCUGAAAUCCAGUAAGUUUCAAGGUAUUUUCCAGAAAAUUCUUAGUGGUACUCAUUCACAGUCUAUUAGAAUGACUGCAUUUAUAUAACUACAGGGACUCCAUAGCAUGCCACCUGUAUUUGACAAUGCAUUUCUAAGUAUUUUUUUGUACCUUCCUAUCACAAUCAGAUCAGAACUCACAGUUCUGAUCAUUAAAAUUACAAUGGGUACCCAGUUUUUCUCUGUCUAAUUCUAAACCCAUUUCUGUGAGCACUUAUUAAAAAAAAGUUGCACAUUUUGGGUGUCAGAAGUUCAUAAACUAAAGAAUCCCAUAGUUUAGUACUAAGGAAUGUUAAUGCAUGUAGUUAUAAAGGUUUACGCAAGCAAAUUAUUUGAAAGCAAGGAAAUAAAUCCAAACUGUAUGUGAAAAGCAUUAUAAAAUGGAUCUAAUACCUCAUGAAGUUUAUAGUUUCAAAAAGUCAACAGAGACAGCAAAAGCAAUACUAUAACUAGA